AUGAUUCCUCAGCCGGAGACGCGGCCCAUCUCACAAGAGCAGCUUGUAACAGAGGUCAAGGGCAUCUACGCCGGCCUUGUGAUGGUCGAGUCCAAGUGUACCGAGGUCGAUACCGCCGGCACCGCCAAGCUCAACAAUGAACAGUGGCAGGCCCUGAUCGCUCUCCACCGGACGCUUCUUCAUGAGCACCACGACUUCUUCCUCGCCUCGCAGCACCCUUCUGCAUCGCCUGCCCUCCGGCGGCUGUCUCAGAAGUACGCGAUGCCGGCCAGGAUGUGGAGACAUAGCAUCCACUUGUUCCUGGAGCUGCUUCGAGCCCGCCUGCCCGACUCGCUGGAGCACAUGCUGACCUUUAUAUACCUGGCCUACUCCAUGAUGGCCCUGCUCUGCGAGACUGUUCCAUCCUUUGAGGAUACCUGGAUCGAGUGCCUGAGAGACCUCAGCAGAUAUUGGUACGCGAAGGCCAGCGACAGGGCCCCUGAGACUGGCCGCCUUUACCACCACCUUGCGAUCUUGUCCAAGCCCAACGCCUAUCAGCAGCUCUUCUACUACUCGAAGAGCCUAUGUAUCGCCUAUCUCUUCAAGUCUGCACGCGAUAGUAUCCUCACUCUUUUCGAUCCCAUUUUAAAUAACAACCAGCACAACCUGCCAAUCUCGGAGUUCACUUUUGUCAAGUCACAUGCUAUCCUCUUUAUCAUCUCUAAUACCAACGAGGAGAAGAAGCCACUUCCCGAGCCUGUGGACCGAAUGCUGGCUGAUUAUAAUACAACUAAGACCGAGUUUAUCUCGCGCCUCGAUCAUAUCAUCUCGCAGUAUACUAAAGGCUGGAACACGAUAAGCGGUCAGAUUGCGAUUUCCAAUAACAAUGCAAUUCUAGAGUACAGCAAGACGGAUGCCAAUGCACAGGGCAAUAAGAACAUCAUCCUCGCUACAUUAACUACCCUCAAGACAGAGAAUGCUGAGAAUGCUGAGAAUGCUGAGAAAGCUGAGGAUGCUGCGAAUGCUGCGAAUGCUGCGGAUGCUGGGGGUGAUGUGCCUAUGAAUGGCUCGGAAGCCAACAGCACAGAAACGAAUAGCGAACCCGUCCCAUCCGAGAUAUUCGGCAUAAUUCGAGACUUUAUCAAAGAUUGCAACCAUAUCAUGUUCAAUCGCUAUGGCAACAACAAGAUCAUGAGCUACCUACACAUCCAGCUCACCUACAUAUAUCAUAUAGCCAAGAACGAAGCUGCAAUGAAGCAUCUCGAGAAUUACUUUCCAUGA